AUGGCACCUACUCCGCCGUCGAAGCAGAAAGAACGGUUGACCCUCGCUCAGCUUGCAGCCUACGAUGACAUUCUGACGGACACGUUGGUCGAUCGCGCGUUCUUCUGGACCAAGAUCCGUAAAAAUCGACCCAAAUAUUUCCCGGUUCGAGGCAUUGUAGAGGAAGAUGUCACAUCGAUACUACUCCACGAUGUUAUUGUUGCCAAAGACCUGGCAAAGGCGGAAAAAGAACUGCUUAGCCUUUCAGGACUCAAGAAAUAUGUUGAGAAGCUCAGAUCUGAGAAGGAAAGGGAGUGGUUUCGCCGCCAUUUGCGAAAAUAUAUCGCCAUCUACUUGCCAGAUUGUCCUUUCGAAGUUACUACUACAAAUCGCUAUACUAUUACCACUCAUGAGGCAGCACUUUCAGCGAGAAAAUAUAUUCGCACCGGCGAUACCAUCAGGCACCUUUCCGGAACCCUUGUCGCGAUAACUGCUGAAGAGGAGAUGAACCUCGAUCUCACAAGAAGGGAUUUCAGCAUUGUAAUGUCCAGCAGGAGGAAAACCCCGUCACUAUUUCUCGGGCCUGCAAGAUUUUCGAAUCACGACUGCAAUCCCAAUGCAAGAUUGGUUACAAAAGGCUCAGAAGGCAUGGAGAUUGUGGCGAUCAGGGACAUUGCCAUCAAUGAAGAAAUCACGGUGUCAUACGGAGACAAUUAUUUUGGUAUAGACAACUGCGAAUGCCUCUGCCAUACCUGUGAGCUGGAUCUGCGCAACGGGUGGGCUCCCGAUGGGCCGGCGGAACAUGACAGUCGCGCCUCCACGCCAGAGCCUUCGACUGAGGAAGAACAGACAAAGGCACCCCAGUCUACUGCCAAAAGAGAGUGCCCCUCCGAGCCCGCUGCACAGCCGUUUCCUGAUACGCCCGCGAAAAAGCCCAGGCUAGAAAUGAGGCCGUCAAAUCUGCGACUGGAAUUAUCGCCACCAAGCAGUCCCGACCCCAUUGCUGAACCUCUGAUCACAAUCAGUGGUGGCUUGCGCGGGCUACGAAGCCACUUCGCGGCCGUUAUCAGCAAGCCAGAACUGCCACACUAUCCAUCAUCCAACUCAAACGUCACCUCGGUUUCAUCUUGCAGCAAUGACACUCCUAACUCUACAAGAUCAACUUCGGCCACAUCGCUCUCUGAUUCUACUGUUCAGGUAAACGCUGAUCCUACGGUGGCAUCAAAAUGCGAAGCGCCUGCUGCAAACAUUCGGCCAAAUGGCCUCCCGGAUCAAAGACUCCGCAUUGACACCAUCAUCCGAGAUAACGAUGAAUCAGAUUUGUCAGACCUGUCUGCAUCGUGGGAGAUCAAUGAUAAUGAAAUGACAGUGGUGAAACGGGGGUCGAUUAAGAAAACUAGAAAACGCAAAAGCCACAUCAUUCCCACAAUCGAACAUGAGCCACCAAAGGUUCGAACGGCUGGCGAUUAUACCAAAACUCCCAAACUACUCGCGCAGCGGUAUGAUCGCUGGGUAGACUGCCAGACCUGCAAUGCGUGGUUUGUUCAGGGCGAUGCAUACCUCACGCGAAAGGAGUGCCCGCGAUGCGAGCGGCACUCAAAGCUGUACGGUUAUCGCUGGCCUAAGACCGAUAAAGAAGGCCGGAAUGACACCGAGGAGCGUGUCAUGGAUCAUCGCACCAUUCAUCGGUUCUUGACAACAGAGGACGAAUCCCGUGUUCUGCGACGAGGUCGUGGUGUUAGCAACGCCACGAGUCCUACGCGCGAUGUUUCUGAAAACAGGACGGAGACGGAUGCCAUCUCGUCACCAGACAAGCACAUGGUUAACCGGGUCAUAAUAGACAAUCUCGCCAAACUCAUUCACAUCCACAACCUCAUACCCCAGCGCCUGCAUCUCCGCCACCACCUGCCUCCGCCGUCUCUCCUCGCGCACCUCGUCCAGAAAGUGCCGGUCGUACCUGGGCGUGUGCGGCCAAAAGGUGCCCUCGGGAUAGUUCAUGCGCACCCUGGCCUCUGA